AUGCAUCGCGGCGCCGACACCGUGGAUGCAGCUGUCAUUCAGAAGCAACUGACAGCUUCCAUGCCUUCUGCUGAAAAGCCCCCGUCGGCAGACUUGCAAGGCCCUGACAAGGCCGAAGCGAUCCAGGAUGCCUGUCGACAAAGAGAUUUCGCCGCCCUGGUCAAGCUUGCAACCUCGACCGGCGGUCUUUUGACCGACGAUUUGCGCCGGCAAGCUUGGCCAAUUCUAUUGGGUUGCACGCCUGAAGGCACACCACCGACCGAGCCAGAGCACUCAAAUCGGCAUCACUGGAGAGCCCUGCCCCGUCACCCGGACGAGGAUCAAGUACAACUCGAUGUUGAUCGUGCCUUUGUAUACUACCCGAAAGAUGAAUCCGAACAGUCGCUUGAGCAAAAGAAGACAGAGCUCUUCGAGCUGAUUGUCUCGACGUUGAGGAGCCAUCCCAUUCUUUCUUAUUUUCAGAGCUACCACGAUGUCGUACAAGUACUCCUUCUCGUGAUGGGAAAACGCCAGGCCAUGCUUGCGGUUCCACGAAUCUCUUUGCUCCGUCUUCGCGACUACAUGCUGCCGACAAUCACACCUGCCACGAGACAUUUCGAGCUGGUAUCGGCUAUUGUGAUGUCUGCUGAUCCUGAACUGGCUAAUCACAUUGCCCAGGCUGAGAAUAUCUUUGCUUUGUCGGCCACCCAUUCCCUGUUUGCGCACGAUAUCUACGACUAUGCCGACAUUGCCAGGCUGUAUGAUUUCCUGCUUGCCCAUGAGCCAAUCAUGAGCAUCUAUUUGUUUGCUGCGGUUACAAUAUCGAGGCGAUCGGAGUUGCUCGAGAUGCCCGCUGAUCAGUCCGACAUUCUCACGUUUGUGAUAUCCAAACUACCCCAGACUUUCGACAUUGAUGCACGAAUCCAAGAUGCGGUAGCCUUGUUUCGCCAUCAUCCUCCCCAAAGUUUGCCUGGCUUUAUUUGGUGGCGUCUAUCACGUUACAGUGUUCUGAAAACAUCUCGCUCUGUCACUCAACCUCAAAGCCUGGACGAGGCCAAGAUCUUUUGCCACAAGCAAAUCCAGCAGCUCCACAGCCAUGAGCUGAUGCGGAAGAGAGCUCUAUUGCUCUAUAAACAUAGGAAAUCAGCCGCGUCAGUGACCGCCGUCCUCUUGGUGGGAGUCUUGUCAAUCUGGUUGCGAAAGACGGGCCACGACAGGAUCUUGUGGUCCAUCAUGUCGACUGCAUCUGCAUUCUUUUCCACAACUCGGUAG